UUGGCGCCAAAAGUGACAAUUUUGACAAAAAGACUGCGAAAUCGGAAAAUAAUUUUAAUUUUGUUUGUUUUCUUGUAAUUUGUAUCGAAGAAUGAAGUUCGCUAUUCCAGAAAUAUCGUGGCAUAAUAGAGAUCCCGUUUUGAGUUUAGAUUUUCAGCCAAAAUGUGAAUCAGAUGACCAUCUAAGACUUGCCACUGGGGGCACAGAUACUCAUGUUUUGAUUUGGUAUUUGACAACAUCAGAGGCCGGAUCAGUAAAUCUAGAAGUAGCAGCGGACCUUACAAGACAUCAGAAAGCCGUGAACGUAGUGCGGUGGUCUCCAAAUGGCCAAAUGUUGGCAUCAGGCGAUGAUGAAGCAAUCAUCUUCAUUUGGAAGCAGAAGACUGAUAAAGAACCAGUUCAGAACUUGGAACAAGGAGAGGAACAAUACAAGGAGAGUUGGGUUGUUUAUAAGACACUCCGGGGACACAUGGAGGAUGUGUUAGACAUCAGUUGGAGCGGGGACUCCAACCACCUCGCAUCAGGGUCCGUUGACAACAAACUGUUGGUGUGGGACGUCCACCGUGGCAGAUAUAGUUGCAUACUAUCAGACCACAAGGGCUUCGUGCAGGGAGUCUCCUGGGAUCCCCAGGGACAGCUCAUAGCCACAGCCAGUUCAGACAGGGUGUUCAGAACAUUCGACGUGGCCACGAAGAAGGUGACCUCCCGCAGCAGCAAAGCUGUCCUGCCGUUCCCGAAGGAGCACCCGCUACAUGAUGUUAAAGUCCGCCUUUAUCAUGACGACACACUGCAGACAUACUUUAGGCGGCUGGAGUUCAGCCCCGACGGGCUGCUGCUGGCGGUGCCGGCGGGCCGCGCGGAGCCCGAGCACGGCAAGCUGGGCGGCCGGCCCCUCGACGCCGUCUACAUCUACACCAGAUACUCUUUGAAAGUGCCGUGCUGCGUGGUGCCGUGCGCGGAGCCCGCGCUGGCCGUGCGCUGGAGCCACGCGCGCCUGCGGCCGCGCCCCGGAGCCCCCGCCCUCCCCGGCGCCCGCCAUGUCCUGUGCGUGGCCUCCAAGCGCGCCGUGCUGCUGUACGACACCCACCAGAAGACGCCCAUCGCGCUCGUCUCCAAUAUACACUAUACGAGGCUGACGGACGUGUCGUGGUCUCGCUGCGGGCGCGCGCUGGCGGUGUCCAGCACCGACGGCUUCUGCUCGCUGCUCACCUUCGGCGCGGCCGAGCUCGGGGAGCCCGAGGAGGACCACCAGGAAGGCACCCACACUGAACCAAUGGAAGUGGAAGGAGCCGAGGCACAAAAACCGGAAAUCCAAAAAGAAAAAACACCAGAAAAAGAGGCAAAACCAACGAAUAAUUUACAGAAAAUCGACUCUUUCGUCAAAUUUAAAGCUCCGAGUAAAAAAUCUCAGCCGGGGCCCAAAACACCCGUGAAAAUAGACGUUUUAGAAGAAGUUGCCAUGCCUUCCUGGUCCGAUAACUCUAAUCAGGAAAUCAAACGACAAGUCAACGAAUCUAUGGAUGUGGAUGAGAAACCUAGUGAUAUAAUACACAUUGAGGACAGUGAAGACAUCAAAUUGGUUUACGAAGAGACUGAAACAAAGUCAGACGAUCAAUCACCAAACAAAUCCCCUAAAGAUGUAAAAAUAUCUCCAGAACGUGUCGAGAAAUCACCUAAAAAUUCAGAAAAACUACUGAAAAGUGGUGAAAAAUCUGUAAAAGAUUCUAAAGUUGCAAAAACGGAGGCGACUGGUAACACUGAAAGUCCAAAAAGCUCGAAGGACAACAAUUUCUUUAAGCAAGCCAAAGUGACCGAUGUUAAAGAGCCUAUUUCUGUGAAAGCUGUGGCUAGUCCGAAAGCCCCGAGGAGAGUUAGCUUCGUGACUCUGUCCAGUCCUAAGAAUAAGAAGAAGUGUUAAAUGUUAUAUUAUUUAAUGACUAAUUUUUAAGAAUUUAAAUAUACUAUAAACUUAUAUUUUA